GUAAAAUAAAAAAGUGAUUGCAUUGCAUUGCAUUACCCAAUCUAUUCAGUUUAUUACUAGGUACACUUUAAUCCUAUAAAAUUUUACUAUUUAACACUACAACGUACUAAACUAACGUUUGUUUCUAUAUUUGUGAGUUUAUCUUCACAAUAUAUAAGUUAAAAAAAUCAAGAGUUGAAUUUGUGAAGAGUCAGGUAUAUAAUUUAGCAUCAUGACAAUGGGUGACGAACUGCCAGUUACUUCUUUGGUUUUACCAGUUCUUAUACGACCUGUAUUGACUCAGUUGGAGAAAUAUGAUUUGGGUGCUUCUCAAACUCUGCGUGCUGCACUUACCAAAGCAGAAGCAGUUGUUCCUGGCUUAAACUAUGAUUUAGUUGCUGGAAUCAUGAGACGUGCUGACAUACCUGUCAAUAUGAAUGAAAGUUUACUACGUCUUCAAGGAACUCUUACAGAGUCAGAAUGUGCUGAUUUGAGACUAAACAGAAGUGAAGAAGCUUUCCAAGAACUGAACAAAAAAUCAACAGCUUUGAAGAAAAUUUUGAGCCGCAUUCCAGAUGAAAUUACUGAUAGAAAGACAUUCCUUGAAACUAUUAAAGAAAUUGCAUCGGCAAUUAAAAAGUUAUUGGAUGCUGUCAAUGAGGUUUCAACAUACACUCCAGGGCCAGGCAAGCAAGUUCUUGAACAAAGGAAAAGGGAAUUUGUCAAAUAUUCUAAAAGGUUCUCCAAUACCUUGAAGGAAUACUUUAAGGAAGGACAGGCUAAUGCGGUAUUUGUGAGUGCUUUAUAUUUAAUCCAUCAAACAAACGAAAUCCUUUACACAGUGAAGAGCAAGUCUGAAUAAGAUAUUUUAUGUCUUGUCUGGAAUGUGUGUAUCUAGCACCUUUACCUUCUAUAUUAUAAAAAGCCCGUUAGAGCUAGGACUUUGAUAAUUUUAAAAGCUGAAUGUUUAUUUGUACGUAUCCCCACCCAACACAGAUUGACAGAUCAUGCAGAGAGUAUUGAAUCAGGCUCUGGUUGCACCUGACAGUAUGUGGCAACGCAAUGUUAUGUUAUUUUUAAUGGUACUAAUAUUCUAAUGUACAUAUAUAGUAUAUUAAAAAACUGUAUGAGACAUUUACAAGGGUAACAUACAGUACAUAAAGUUACAAAUGUUUGAGACCCAAUAUCAAGAAAGCAUGAUCCAAACUUCAUGUUCUCUGAAUGAUGUUGCCUGUGAAUGGUGGGACAUGCACAGACAAACACAACAUUCAUUAGGUAACGAAGGGCUGGCUUUGCGAGUUCUUUAUAUUGAGUAAUUAAAUAUUUUUGUUAGUAAUUAAAUUAUCAAUAUAUGUUAAAUACCUAAUUAUGUUACAAAAUACCUAAUUGUCAAUACUUACAUUUAUAUUAUCAUAACAUAUAUUUUUAUAGAAAUAGAGGGCAUUUAAGGAUAAGUAAAAUUAACUACAUAAUAUUUAAAGUAAAAAUCAUAAAGUACAUUGUUUUUAAUUAUGGUUUAAUUUGGAACAAAUACAAAUCAUGGGCACAUUUACCUUACACUAUCGUCAUGCAAAACAAAUUAGAAGCAAAAUUGUAUACUUCUAUGUACUUCAUUCUUGUUAUAAUUGUUUUCUUGUUAGUAACGUUUCACAUCUUCUAGAAUUUGUAAUUUGAAUAUUUUGCGCUUCCAUAAGGGAAUGGGAGAUAAAAAAGAUGGCCACCAGCAUGUAUACCCAUUUUAAUGGGAGUAAGUUUGAACGUAUUUUUAUGCAGGUUAGCCGUUGAUUCCUGAUACAUAUUGUUCUAUGUAUCUUGAGUGUUUAUAUAGCAGUCAUUUUAUUAAAGCCUGCUGAUAUGACAAGGCGGUAUUGACUCCCUAAAAGGCUACUUCGAAAGUAUUUUCAUUUUAGUGUUAAAAAUUAUUAGUUUUAGUUAUCAUCUGUUGUAAUUGAUCUAUAUAUGUGUUAGUUACAUGUUUAAAAUUUCUGAUAUGUAUUUCAAUGAAUAAAGCGUUUGAUUUACUACA